GGUAACUUAGGUUAGUGAGCCAUAUAAUGAGAGCUGCCAGAGGCUCACAUUUAUUAGGACAGUCAAAGUUUGAUGGUUGACGUUCCCUCAACCUUUCACAAGGAAAGAUCAAUGGAGUUAUUACCUUUAUUUUGGAUCGUCUCUGCGUUUUUUACGGGUUUAACCAAAGGAGCUGGUGUGUUGCCAGAUGGUCCUCUGAUUAAGACUGUGGGAGGGAAGGUGAUGUUCACCACAACACUGAGUCCAACAGAAACGCCAUUUAUAUCAGUGAGCUGGAGAUUUAGUAGUAGACCUAUAAUCACUUCCGAUUUUGCAAACACAACAGCACCAGAGUAUGAAGGCAGAAUCACCUACUUCCCAUCUACUGGAUCUCUGGAGCUCAGGAAUCUGGCUCUUAGUGACAGUGGAGAAUACAUAGUUUUUAUUAUAACUACUGGAGGACUACAGAAUAAUGGAAACACAAGACUCAAAGUAUAUGAGCCAGUCGACAAUGUAACAGUAACUCACGGCAGCACAGACUUGGUGGAGUUCAAUAGCUCCGUCAGUCUGUCCUGCUCCUCCUCUGGAUCCUCUCUGUCUUUCCUUUGGCGGAAUGGCAGCUCUGAGAUUACAGCCAGUGACAGAGUUCAGCUCACUAAUGGAGGCGCCACUCUCACUAUAGUCAAUGUGACCCGCUAUGACGAGGGACCAUACGAGUGUUUUGUGUCUAAUCUCUUCAGUAGUGGCACCAGUGAUCAAACAAAGCUCAACAUCAGCUUCGGCCCAGAAAGCAUUAAUUUGACAAUAACUCCACCACAAGAAUGCUAUGGGGAAGGGUCAGACAUCACCCUGUCCUGCUCAGCUGUCUCCAAACCCUCUGUCCUGUUUUACUGGUUUCUAAAUGGAGACAAGCUGUCAGAUAUUGGACGAGAGCUUAGACUGACGAACACUCAGAUGAAUCAGAGAGGAAACUACAGCUGUCAGGCUUUUAACGAGAAAACUCUGAGAUAUGAAACAUCUCAGCCUUCAGUUGUUUGUGUACUGGCUCUUGUUGCCAAUGUUAUGGUAACUUCAAACAGCACAGACUUGGUGGAGUUCAACAGUUCUGUCAGUCUGUCCUGCUCCUCCUCUGGAUCCUCUCUGUCUUUCCUCUGGCUGAACGACAGCUCUGAGGUUACAGAAAGUGACAGAGUUCAGCUCACUGAAGGGAACUCCACUCUCACUAUAGUCAAUGUGACCCGCUAUGACCAGGGACCAUUUAAGUGUCAUGUGUUCAAUUCCUUCAGUAAUGGCACCAGUGAUCCAGUAAAGCUCACCAUCAGCUAUGGCCCCGAAAAUAUUAAUUUGAAAAUAUCUCCGUCACAACAAUACUAUGAGGAAGGAUCAGACAUCAAACUGUCCUGCUCAGCUGUCUCCACACCCUCUGCCCUGUUUUACUGGUUUCUAAAUGGAGACAAGUUGUCUGAUACUGGACCAGAACUUAGACUGAUGAACAUUAAGAUGAAUCAGAGUGGAAACUACAGUUGUCAGGCCUUUAACAACAAAACUCUGAGAUAUGAAACAUCUCAGCUUUCAGUUAUAACUGUACUGGAGAAAAUCUCGGGUGUUAAUAUCACAUCAACCAACCGGCUGAUUGAGGGGAACCCUGUCAACUUAACCUGUGAGGCUGCUGGCUCCGUCUCCACCAGAAAAUGGAUGAAGGAUGGCUCAGAUUUGAACCUGGCUGACAACAUAACACUUCAUGAUGAGAACAGGGUGCUGUCUUUUCACUCUCUAAAGAAAUCAGACAAAGGAAAAUAUUCCUGUAAAGUCAGCAAUCCCAUCAACAGUGAGGAAGCUACAUUCAACAUGGUUGUUAACUAUGGACCAGAAAAUAUUCGGAUCACAGGUCCAAGUGAGAUACAUCUUAAUGAGAGCUUAACAUUAACCUGCUCUGCUGAGUCCAUACCGUCUGCUAGUUACAUCUGGACACUGAAUGGAGCAGAGAUACACAAUUCUGCUGUGUUCACUGAAAUCAUCACUGACCUUUCUCAAAGUGGCAGCUACACCUGUCGCGCCACCAACAAUAUAACUGAGAAAACAUCAGUUGCGGUGCAUGAAUUGUUUGUAACAGCUCUCCCAGACAAAUCAUCAGGCUGUUCGGCUGGUUGCAUCGCUGGAAUAGUGAUCGCAUGUUUGGUCGUCUGUGGAGCAGUUGCUGCUGCUGUAUGCUACUACGUUUAUAAAAAAAAAAAGUCGAGAUCCUCCAAUGGAAACACUACCAUCGCAAUGGGCCAGGACAACACAGCAUACUCAGGAAAUCAGGAGCUGAACUAUGCAGAUAUCAAGUUUGUCAGGAACAAAGAUGGUGGGACAGUCCAGCUGGGGGUACAGAAUAACUCAUCAGAAUACGCUCAGGUUCGUGUGCACAACAAUGCCCCUGCAACAUCAUCACCUCCCACCUAUGAUGCACACCAGCAGCGAAUGAAGAGGCUAGCUCCUCAGCCUGAUGCUAAUGGUGCACAAACGUACGCUCAGGUUCGCAAGAACUGACCACAUUGGAUAUGAUGGAUAGGCUUACAUGUGGUUAGAGAAACCUGCACUUCCCUCUCAGUUCCUAUGUAGAGGGCACAUUUGGAGUUUACUUGGCCAAAGCACUUUAGCAGCGGUUAAUAAUCAACCAGUAGACAGAUAUCACCAUGACUGAGGUUAGCAGGCACAAUGUAAUACCUUCCCUAUCCCUUUGUUUGUGUGUGUACAUUCAAUGAAAAGUGCAUAUAUAUAUAAGUGGAAAAACGUUCUGUGUGUGAUUCAGUUAUUUGCUUGAGCCUUAAUGUUUGACACUGCUGAUAUCAUAUUUGAACCACAUGUAUGCUGUGUGAUUUCAGUUUUGUUCAUUUAUUUUACAUCUUACUAAAUGAAAAGUAUCUGUUAUUUAACUUUACUUAAUUUAAAGGUCCAGUGUGUAACAAUUUGGAGGACCAACUGGCAGAAAUGUAAUAAUAUUCAAAGGUCUAGUAUGUUUUCAUUAGUGUAUAAUCACCUGAAUAUAGGAAUCGUUGUGUUUUUACCUCUUUCCAUGGAGGCUGCCAUGUUGAACCACCAUGUUUCUACAGUAGCCCAGAACAGACAAACCAAAAGUUGGCUGCAGAUAGGGCCUGUUGUGUUUUCCACAAGUUUUGCAUCCACCGUAGUUUCUACUAUACACGUCACAGAACGUGUUCAGUGAGUUGCAAUCUGAAAUUGCACUGCUAGAUGCCACUAAAUCUUACACACUGGUCCUUUAACUUUCAGUGGUGUUUUUUCAGGAGAUGGAUUCUCCUUGACAUCAACAGAGCUUGAGCUAAAUUUGUCAUUACAACAGUAACCUAUUAUGACCUCGGAAUAGUUUAAAGAUCAAUGCAGAUAUACAUCUUUGUAAUUUCAUUCCAUAAUGAUAACCAUCAACUUUAUCAUCUCACAAAGGCGAGGUCUACAAUCCAAAACACAAAAGUAAGCAAUAACAACGAGAAAAAAAUGUCCACGAGGUAUAGGUAAUUUGAUGGAUAUCUACAGGUACAAUAAAUGUCUUAAGUCUUACAGGCGGAAACUGUGGCAUCAAAAGAUAUCUUUAUCUUUUCCUGUAAGUGACGGUCAGAGUAAUUCAGGACAGGUUUAUGGUAAAUGUCACUAAAGGUUGUAAUGUGAUGUCAUGAUAAGAGGCUUUCUCUGUCAGCAUAUUUCUGUGAAAGGUUGAGCCAACAGGGAAGUCAUAUUUAAGUGAGACAGUGCAGUAUAGAAAAUAGAAGUAAAUUUACAUGGCGACAAACACUCAUUCUCCUAAGGCAUUAGAUGCAGUAUGUUUGCACUGAUAUUUAUAUUUUAAAGAAUUUCAUUUAUUAUCUUUAAUCUUUUAUUUAAAAUUUAUUAAAGAAGUUAUUUUAGAGAGGAGUAAAUCGUUACCUACGAUUGACAAAAAGAUUUUACAGCAUCGUCUGUAUAAUUUUAAUCUUCACCAACGAUUGUAGGAGAUAAUUUUCUGUAGGUUCAUGACUCCUCUCACAUUUGUCACAUUCUUUUCACGUUGUCAUUUCACUACAUUGUUAUUUUAAAAAUAUUGAUUAUAGCUGCUUUAAGUAGAGAGUUGUAGAACUUGUAAAUCUGAUAUUAUUUUAAACAACAAUCGCAUGAAAUGAAAAAGUAUGGAAAUUGUCUUUCUCAUUUUAGGGUUUAUUUAGGCUUCAGUUAAAGGCAGACAUCCAUUUGUCUUCAAUCAAUAGCUUCAUCAAUGCCUUUUCCUUUAUUGUUGACCAGCAACACAAUGAUCUACUGUAAAGAGUCUAACUACAAGGGUCAGAAAGAGUUAUACAAAAUAGAUUGUUCCUUUUUUAUUUAUUUCCUCUUUUCAAAACAUUGAUUGUGUCAGAACAAAUGAGAGGAACAGAAUUUAGUCUUCAAACUCGAGCUAAUGAAUCUCUGAGGGUUUGGCCACAGUUCCCCUCCCCCAUUAGUUAAUUUUAGUAAAGGUCAAACUGCCUGUUUGUUUUUUCCACGGUUGAUUUCACCUGCAUUGAAGGGAAGCAUUGUUUAACAAACUUUUCCCCACUUUAUUCCCUAUGAAACUGAAUCCCUUCAUUUUUACACUUCCAUUAAUAAUGCCAAAUGUUGAAUGAAUAUUAAUGGAUAAGUGAAUGGAUUAUAAUGUAUUAAGGAAUUGUUAAUGGAUCCACUUGACCAUGAAAACCACCCCAUGAUUUGUACCUUUAAAGGCUUUCAUUUUUCUAAGAAAAUGUAGGGGUAGCUUUCAUGGUUUUUGGGCAGUUUUAAUGAGUUUUCACCCCAUAAAACUCCUUCAACUAUGCACACAAUCCAUUCAUUUAUUUAUUCCCAUGUUUGGGGUGAUCCCAUGGAUUUGCUCCUGAAAUUUAGAAAAUAACUAAAUAUUUGAGGCAUAAUACAAUAUGUUCUCAGGGCUAAAUUAAGGGGGUAACUCAGGGCAUUUUAAGAGAUUCUUGUUUUGUACUGAAUUGUGUUGUAUCAUGAUUUAUUUACCUCUGUUCAACCCUUCAACCAGAACAUAGAUUUUCCUUUACUGUCAUGUGCCACACAAGUGAAUGAGUGAUUAAUGUUGGACCAGAAAUAAUGUAAUGAAUGUAACUCUCAGGGUGGAAAUGUUGCUUUUGUAAUAAUUUGAUUGCUUAUUUAGAUUAAUAAACUAUUUUAUUUAUUUUCAGUAACUUAUUUGUAGAGUAUAUAACACUUGUGACAUUUGGGCAUUGCACGUGCAUAUCCACACACCUCUCUGUGGCUUCUUUUCCUCUUAGAGUCUGUUUCUACAAUACCUUGUUUUUGUCUUUGCUUUCAUAUUUACAAAGUUUAUGGUACUUCCAUAAAUACAGUGGACAAAGAAUGGCACAGUAGAUUGUGAGUGUGGGUUAUUUACAAUGCCUAACAGUGAAUCAUAAAUGACGGGGAAAAAGUCCAGAGAGACAGAGAGAAGAGUCUAUCUUCAGUGAAAAUGUACUACUACUUAGUUUCAGAGGGGGGAGGGGUGGUGUAGGCAAAUAGUAUGCAAAAUUAAAUCCAUUUCCAGAAAAUGACACUGCAUUUCAUUUACAGCCAUUCAAAGUUCAUUGUGGCUUAAUAUGUUGCUGUGCCAACCUAAUGUCAUCACAGUCAUAUAAUGUAACAGCGCUCCAAAGUACAGGUGGAGUCUGAAUGAACAAAAGCCAUAAAUCAUGGUAUUCUUCAAUGUCUUAACAGUUAAAAGAAGACUAUACUCUUAAAAUGCUUAAGAUUUUCUCACCCCAAGCCUCUUAGAGUUUUCAGACGUCAAUAUUUACUGUUUUGUCUAUAAAAAGCCUUUCACUAGAAAAGCCCCACCUGUUUAGACAGUAUUUAUUACGGGUCUUAGUGAUAAGUCAUAAGUCACUUAGUCAUAAGUGAUACUCAUCAUUACUGAAAGACAACAUUAUAAUGGGUCAGUUUCUUAGGUGUGCUUCGCGUUAUAGUUCACAGUAAAUCUCUAAUGUAAUAGGACUCAAAUGUCACAUUCCUGAGGCUAAAUAAUGUCACAAUCAGUUUAAUGAUCAACGUAGGAAGUAGGGAAGAGUAGGAAAGCAUUUACAGUGGUUAAGUGAGAUUCAAGCAAGAGAUCCUACACAGAUGAUUUAUUAUUAUAUCAACAGGCCUGAGGCACACAGGAUGGGAGGGCAUUGUAGUAAAAACAAAUUAAGGCCAUUUACUGUACAUCUUGCUUUGAAAGAGGCAGAAACUAUAAGCAAUGACAAACUCCUGUUAGACAACGCCAUCUAGUGUUUCAUACAAACACAGCUGUUUCUAUUUGUGUUGUCACUGUUUGUUUUGUUUUUUUCUGAUUUACACUAAUCCAUAUUUAUAGAUUAAAAAAACACUGUCACACCUAUAAACCGUUAUGACAAAUUUCCUGUCAUGAUUUUGUGAAACUUCCUUUGCUUAAUUGCAUUGAUUUCAUCAUUAGGUAAAGUCCGGUGUUAAACAAGGCUGUGAAAUUUGGGAGUGGCUGAAAUUAAUAAUGCUUUAGCAAUAUUUUUAGGUGAUAACCUCUCUAACUGACAGUAGUAUAAAAAGGAGAUACUGUAGUUCUUGUUUAAACACACAUUGAGAGACAUGAUACCAAACUGGAAGAAUCUUUACAGUGUUUUACUGGUGGCACUGAUGGGUGCACCAGGUUUGGAGGCCUGGGGGCAGAUUUCAUGGGCCGGUGAGGUGACAGCUGGUUUCAGUACCACUUUCAUUUGUUCCUCUUCUUGCUUCCCAAACUGCACCUACACCUGGUCCUUUAUGGGCCGCACGGCCAACGGGAGCACAAUAAGCUGGACACCAGAUGGACGGGACAAUACAGUGGAAUUACAGUGCAAUGUGCUCAAUCCAGAAACAGGAUUCUCCAGGAGUACAACCUCCAUUGUAGAAAUUAAGAAUCGAGUGUCUGUUCAAAUCAGUCCACCACACACUGUCCCAUCUCUCAACCAGUCACUGGAUCUGGUCUGCCAUGAUGCUUCAUCACCCUCACGCCUGGGGAACCAGGUGGUCUGGUACAAAGAUGGACAGAAAGUGACCCUGCGUGACAAUAUGCAGCUGCUGCAAAACACUUUACUCCACUUUGACUCACUGUUGCCCUCUGAUGCUGGAUUCUACCAGUGUGAGGCUUAUGUGCCUACGGUGCAUCAGACAAAGGUUUUCAGCCUGGGCUUUCUACUCAGCUUUGAUCCAUGGAACAUCAGCAUCAGCGGACCUGAUGCUGUGUUUCCAGGUAGAUUGAGUAAAUUCACCUGCUUGACGAGCUGUACCUUAAAUGUGGACUGUACAGUCAAAUGGCAGUUCAGGGGGGGCUUUCCUAUUGGAACCUACUUUUCAGUCCAUGAAAAUGAGCUCAAGUGGACCCCUUCUAUACCCGGUACUUUCCAAAACUUCACCUGUGUUGCAGAAAAUGCAGCUGUUGGACGCUCUGCUGAGGUCACUAAGAUGGUAGAAGUUAAAGGUAUUCCUCUCUCAGGAUCAGGAGCGAUGCAGCUCAAUGGACUUAUUGCAGUGGUCCUCAGCCUGGGACUACUGGUGCUUUUUAAUUCAUAGAGCUGUUUAUUUGUUUUAUCUAUUAAGCUUUAAUGAGUGUAUUUACCCUUUUGGAAAUUUAUUUCCUGGCCUUUUACUUUUCAUCUUUACCAACUGUGAAAGGAACUUUUUCAAAAAUACAGACAGUAUCCAAUCCAACUUUAUUUGUUAAGCACUUUAAAACAACCAAAGUUGACCAAAGUGCUGAAGAAGUAGAAUAACAGAUAUGUGUAACUCAAAGUAUAAAAGUAAAAGAGGUUUCUCUGAAGGACAUUUCUACUGGCUACUUCCAUGCAAAGCUAACUUAACUUAAAACAGAGUUUCCCUCUCUUGUCUAUUUCAUCUUUUACAUAUUUUUUGUCAUGUUAUAUUGUGUAUUGAUAUAUUGAUGAUCGAAAAAGGGGUGUAAUGAUGCAAAAUAAAAAUAUGUUUAUGAAGCCA